AUGAGCAGCGGCGCCCGGACCCGCGGCAGCAGCAGCGGGGGGAGGAGGGGGAGGGGCGCGGCCCGCCUCAGCCCGCCGGCCUCCGCCAGCUCCGAGGGCGAGGAGCCCCUCAGUCCCUCUGGCUGCUCCCCGCUCUCCCCCCCGUCCCGCCCCGGCUCCCUGAGCGGCGAGGAGGAGGAGGAGGAGCGGGCGGCGGCCUGCCGGAGCCGUCGAGGCGAUAGGAAGGUUGAAGACUCUGAAAGAGCAGGGGAAGAAAAAGAGUCACCUUUGAAAGAUAAUCUUUCACCAUGGGAAGAAUGGUUCAUUGGCAAAGAGAAGGAACUACGUGCCCGCUUACAAGCUAGAGCUGUAGAGGAAAUGAAUAUACAGCUUGAGAAGAUGAAGCAAAGGCAAGAAUGUGAAAGGAGGAAAAGGAUAGCUGAAGAGAAGCACAAGGAAUGGGUCCAAAAAAAAAGAGAAGAGGAAAGAAGGGAAAGGGAACGAAAGCUGAGCAAAGAAAUGGCAGAAAAAGCCACAAAGGAACUAGAAAAAAUGCAGUUACAAGAAAAGGCUGAAGAAAAGUAUAAAGAAUGGUUAAAGAAGAAGAGAGCUGAAGAGGCAGAAAAGAAGAAGAAAGAGAAGGAAAAAGAAAAAGAAAGGGAAGCUGAACUACAGGAGAAGAAAGCAAGAUCAGAGAAGAUCUUUAAGGAAUGGCUACAUAAUGCUAGAAAUAAACCACGCCCUGUUUUAAAUGGUUAUGGCUUCCCACGUGGGAAGUCUACAGGGUGUGCUGAUGGAAAUUUGUAUCCAGCUCCAGCAUAUUGUAACCCCAUUCCUUGGAAACCUAUAAAUGUGCCUCCUCCAAAGGAAGAUGGUGUUCUUACCAUGAAGAAGAGUAAGAGACCUGUAUCUUGUCAGUCACAUGUGUCUUCACCUAGAGUAAUUUAUAAGCCCAAAACCAACCCUUGUAUUGGAUCCUUGUGCAAAAAGCAGUUAUAG